CCGUUAUUUCCGUCUCCGUAGAAACACUCGGACUAUGGCGGAGUCGACUGGACUGUUGGAGAUGUCUGAGCUCCCCGGAGACAGCAGUGUCCCACAGGUGGGCACAGCGAGUGGCGUCAGCGACAUACUGCAGGGGGCAGUCGGCGGCGGGGUUCGGGUGCAGGAGUCCCGGGAAGGCCUAGUGGCCGAAGCUACGCGGUCCAUGGCGCGGGUGCCGAGCCCUGUGCCCGAGCCCAUCCCCAGCAGCGUCCCGGGCCUGGCGUCCGCGCCAGACCCCCAUCAGCAGCUCGCUUUCUUAGAAAUUAACCGGCAGCUCUUGUUCCGCGAGUAUCUGGAUGGUAGCUCCAUGAUUCCGGUCAGAUUACUACGGGAUUUCGAGGAACGCCGCAGGCUGUUCGUGGAAGGCUGCAGGGCGAGGGAAGCAGCCUUUGACGCGGAUCCACCGCAGAUGGACUUCGCUGCUGUCGCGUUUACUGUAGCGCUGACUGCCUCCGAGGCCCUCAGUCCUCUGGCCGACUGAGUCGGCUGUGAUGAUGGGACUGGUGGCAAAGAAUAGCCAAGUGACCCUUUUCGGAUCAAAAGAACAGGCAGGCUGUGCCAGUUUAGUUAACUCUGUCGUUAGGGGGAAUGCAAACUGGAAGGGAAUACGGCAAUGUGCAAUUGAAGGAGGAAGCACACUGCGAAAUGGAAACAGACAAGACUGUUGAAUCUGGGAGUCUCGCAUCCCUAGGCUGGUCCCGAACGCUUGGACCUGAGCGAUCCUCCCGCUUCGGCCUUGCAAAGUGCUGGGAUUACUUUACAGGCUUGA